AGCCUGUGAGAGUUGAAAAUCUUCCCCUCGUGCAGCCCUUCCCAUCUUAGCUCUCGCUUUCUUUCAAUCUCCACCAAAUCAAGGAAAGCAUAUACUUUACAUAAAAGGAAAUAUCCAAACAAAAUAAAUUCUUUAAAAAGAAAAGCAAUAGAAGAAAGUAUCCCAAAUCCCUAACUUAUAUAUUUCUCCUGCUUGUUACUAGUAUAUUUUUCUAUCCUCUUUGUGUACUGUGCUGUAAACCUAGCUCCCAAUUCUGUGUUUUCUGCUAAUCUUCUUCAUUUCCAUUCAUAUUUUUCAAAAACAAAAUCUGGGUUUGUUUUGUUCUUGAUUUAGCUAUAGUUUGAAAAAAUUUCAGUAAUUUAUUGGGGAUUUUUCUUGUGAGAUAUUGGUUAGAUUUGUGAGCUCAACAACACUUAGAAAUUUGAAAGUUUGUGAUUGGAUCAAUAUGAUUGAAGAUUAGAGUGUUACCUUCAUCACCAUUGCUGUCAAUGGCCGCACCGAGGAAUAUAGUGGUGGAUACAGGUCGGUUGGUGACAAGGAAUGAAGAAGAGAAGAGUAUGGAUAUGUCGUCUGCAGCUGAAUUGGAUUCGCCGACAGCUAAGAGGUUUAAGGAAGGGAGGUUUCCAUUGUCAAUUUGGGAAUUUGCAGCAGCUUUCGGUGUUAUUUUGGUGUUCUCGAUAGGCUUGUUUUGCUUAUACUUGUCAAUGCCAGUUGCUGAGUAUGGUAAACUGAAGCUGCCUCGUACCAUCUCCGAUCUCCGGAUUCUCAAGUUUUUCUCCAGGGAUAAUCUUGGAAUGUAUGCAGAAGUCUACCCCACAAAAUUUAUUCUUGGUUACUGCUCAACAUACAUAUUCAUGCAGACAUUUAUGAUUCCUGGGACAAUUUUCAUGUCCUUACUUGCUGGAGCACUUUUCGGCGUUUUCAGAGGGCUUCUCUUGGUUGUCUUUAAUGCAACAGCUGGUGCAUCAUCCUGCUAUUUUCUGUCUAAAUUGAUCGGCAGGCCUAUAGUUAACUGGAUGUGGCCUGAAAAGUUGAGAUUUUUCCAGGCAGAGAUAGCCAAACGUCGGGAUAAGUUGCCCAACUACAUGCUGUUUUUGAGGAUAACUCCGACAUUGCCAAAUCUUUUCAUCAAUUUGGCAUCUCCUAUUGUGGAUAUACCAUUCCAUAUAUUCUUUUUGGCCACCGUGAUUGGUCUCAUCCCAGCUGCUUAUACUACAGUAAAGGCUGGCUUAACCCUUGGGGAACUGAAGUCUGUCAAAGAUCUAUAUGAUUUCAAGACGUUGUCUGUGCUUUUCCUCAUUGGCGCUCUCAUAAUUUUACCAACCAUCUUGAAGAGGAAGCGGAUAUAUGAAUAAGAUGUUUUUUCAAGAGCCAGCCGAUUACCUUGAAAAGGGACUCUAAGAUUUUUUUAUUAUGACUUCUCAGCAAAUUGGAGUGGCAGGACAACAGCCCUUCAUUUCCAGUACCUGAAUCACAGUGAAGAAGGCAUUUUCAAGUGACAGACAGAUUUGCCUGCGGCAAUCACAAGAUGAUAGGUUGAAACCAAAGGUGAUAGGUUAUAGCAUUUAAUGUAAUGCGAAAAGUAACUCACAGUAAGUAGAUUCUGAUUGUAACAUGAUAAUAUUGUCAUUGCAAUUACCUUCAUAGAUGAAUGCAAUGUUGUGAGCUCUUCUAAUGAAUUGUUUUUCGGC